AUGCGGCUCGACGUCAAGAGGCAGCUCUUUGCCCGCUCGGAGCGGGUGAAGGGAAUCGAUUUCCAUCCCACUGAGCCAUGGAUCUUGACUACCCUUUACAGCGGUCACGUCUACAUUUGGUCAUACGAGUCACAGUCCAUCAUCAAAACAUUCGAGCUCACUGAUGUCCCUGUCCGUGCCGGUCGAUUCAUUGCGCGGAAGAACUGGAUUGUCUGCGGUUCGGAUGACUUCCAGCUUCGUGUCUACAACUACAACACCUCCGAAAAGAUCACGUCCUUUGAAGCGCACCCUGACUACAUUCGUUCAAUCGCUGUUCACCCCACUCAACCUUAUGUUUUGACUGCCAGUGAUGAUAUGACCGUGCGAUUGUGGGACUGGGAGAAGGGUUGGAAAUGUGUUCAGGUCUUUGAGGGUCACAGCCACUAUGUGAUGGGUAUGGCCAUCAACCCCAAGGAUACCAAUACUUUCGCCACGGCCUGCUUGGAUCGAACUGUGAAGAUCUGGAACCUUGGCUCCCCUCAUGCCAACUUCACACUGGAGGCCCACGAGACGAAGGGAGUCAACCAUGUUGACUACUACCCGGGCUCUGACAAGCCAUAUCUCUUAACCACCUCAGAUGACAAGACUGUCAAGAUCUGGGAUUACACCACCAAGGCCCUCAUCGCGACCCUUGAAGGACACACCAGCAAUGUUUCUUUUGCUUGCUACCACCCCGAGCUUCCCGUCAUCAUCUCCGGUUCCGAAGACGGUACAAUCAAGAUCUGGCACGCCAACACCUAUCGUUUGGAGCAGUCACUCAGCUAUGGCCUGGAGCGGGCAUGGUGUGUCUCCUACCAGCAGGGCCGGCAAGGAAUCGCCAUGGGUUUCGACGAUGGUGCAGUGGUCGUGAAGAUGGGUCGUGAAGAGCCCGCUGCCUCGAUGGAUGGAUCUGGCAAAGUUAUCUACGCCAGGCAUAGUGAGGUUGUGUCUACUGUGAUCAAGGGCGACGCCAGUGUGAAGGACGGGGAACCCAUUUCUCUCCCCGCAAAGGAUCUUGGACAGUGCGAGAUCUACCCCCAGACUCUUUCGCACAACCCGAACGGCAGAUUUGUGUCCGUCUGUGGUGACGGAGAGUACAUUAUCUAUACCGCUCUCGCGUGGCGUAACAAGGCCUUCGGUUCCGCCCUUGACUUCGCCUGGGGCUCUAAGGAUAACAGCAAUGAUUAUGCUAUCCGCGAGUCGGCAACGAGUGUCAAGAUUUUCAAGAACUUCAAGGAACAGCCCGGUGGUCUUGAUGUCGGCUUCCAAGCCGAGGGACUUAGCGAUGGUGUGUUGCUUGGUGUUAAGGGACAAGGUGGCAUUGGUCUGUUCGACUGGGAGACCGGUAACCUUGUCCGCCGAAUUGAGGCCGAUCCUAAAUCCGUUCACUGGUCUGAGUCUGGAGAGCUGGUAACACUUGCUUGCGAGGAUGCAUUCUACGUUCUCCGUUACUCUCGCGAGGCCUACAUCGAGGGCAUGAACAAUGGUGAGGCUGAUGAAGAUGGUGUUGAGGCGGCCAUGGAGCUUGUCGCUACAAUCAACGAGACCGUCCGUACCGGAGAGUGGGUUGGCGACUGCUUCAUCUACACCAACUCUACCAACCGCCUCAACUACCUUGUGGGUGACCAGACCUACACCAUCUCCCACUUUGAUCAGUCCAUGUAUGUCCUGGGCUACCUGCCCCGCGAUGGACGGAUCUACCUGGCCGACAAGGAUGUCAAUGUCGUUUCCUUCGCCCUGUCCCUCGCCGUGCUUCAGUACGAGACACUCAUCCUUCGGAAUGAAACUGAAGCAGCCGCCGAGGUGCUUCAAGAUGUUCCCGAGGAUCAGAUGAACAAGAUUGCCCGCUUCCUCGAGGGACAAGGGUACAAGGAGCAGGCUCUGGAAGUAGCAACCGAUCCAGAGCACCGAUUUGACCUGGCUCUGUCUCUUAAUGAUCUCGAGACAGCUCUCGAGAUCGCUCGCGUUGCCAACGUCGAGCACAAGUGGAAGGCUAUCGGUGACGCCGCCCUGGCUAGCUGGAACCUCGCUUUGGCCCAGGAAUGCUUCACUCAGGCUAAGGACGUGGGUUCCUUGUUGUUACUACACACUGCCUCCAACAACCGAGAGGGUCUCCGCGCUCUGGCAGCCCAGGCCUCCGACUCCGGUCUGCACAACGUUGCCUUCUCUACACUUUGGUCCAUGGGUGACGUGGAUGGCUGCAUCGACCUGCUCGUGAAGACCAACCGCCUCGCCGAGUCUGUUCUCUUCGCUCAGACCUACAAGCCCUCUCGUGCCCCCGCACUCGUCGUGCAGUGGAAGGCUUCCCUCGAGACAUCUGGCAAGACUAAGGUAGCCCGCCUCGUCGGUGUCCCACCCGGUGCCCCCGAUAUCAUCUCCACUGAUGACGACCUCUUCCCCGAGUGGGAAGAAUACAUCCGCCUUGAGAAGGAGGGUGGCGUCCCAGAGCCCCCCUCGUCCGAGUCUUUGAUCGACAUUAACGGUGACGACGAGAAGCAGACCGCCACAAACGGUGCUCCUGCGGAGGAAGCCGAGCCUGAAGCCGAAGCCGAAGUCGAAGCCGAAGCGGAGGCCGAGGCUGAGGCUGAGGAGUAA